AUGGUUUUUAAAUUUGGAAUGGGAAUUGCACUAUCCGAACGCUCGGAAGCGCUCAGCGGACGCUUGUCUAAGUCAGCCUCAGAGCUGUCAUGUUCCGCUCCAGUUCACGCUUCUCCGCCUCGAGCCCGCUCUGCUCAUCAUCAUACACCACUCUCUGUUGUACAUAGAACCCAUCAUUUCUUUAGUAAUUUGAAGAACCGUUGGCAACGCAGUAAAAGUCGUGAAAGAUGUCCAGCUGGUACAGUACUAUCCGUAGCACCAGGAGCUGACAGCAGUGGCACGGACUAUGAACACAGUUCCGAACCUACUCCCGCUAACUCACCAUUGCAUAGGAUAAGGCAAGUAGUAGCCAUGGUUGAUGGUGACCCGUUAUCGAGUAACGCAUCGGCCUCUUCACCACAUUGUAGGGAGAGGGACAAACCGAAGCAUGGUCGCCACCACAAGCAAUAA